GCGGCCCCGCCGCUGCCCCCGGUCUAUGUCUGUAGCCCGGAGUACCUGGCGCUGUGCGACUCCCUCUGCAAAGUGUCUAAACGGAGGGGGGAUCUCAGCAGACCUGGCAGCCUCUAACCAAGCUGUUGUGUUCCAGUCUCUUGGAUUGCCAGCGUCUUCUGGUGUGGAGGAGAGCACCACAUGCUAGGACAUUUUCAGUGUCCUCUGAUCCAGGGAAGCCUAAGUGCAUACAAAACUUCUGCUAGCUGAAAGAGUGAAACAGGCUUGAGGAUAACUCCCCCUUGCUUGAGUAGUGCCAAAAUUAGGAUGUUGGCUUGAGACAGACAGCUCCCAAAUAAACCUGGAUAAGAUCUUUAUACCAAACUCUGCACCCCCAUGUAUUCUGCAAAUGCCACAUUCUUCAGAAGAACUAUUUCACAUGUGAAUAGGAGUGAGUGGAUGUUCAAGCCUUGUAUCUGUUUUGCUGUUUAGGUUUCUCCAAGGCUGCCUAUAACCAUAGUUUUCAAGCACUAAACCCAUCCAAGUCACACUGGGAAGGAAAUCCACAUAAGGGUGGGGGGGAAGAAAUAUUUGAGUGAUUCCUUUUACUUAAAAAAAAAGGAAAAGGAAAACAAAGAAAAGGCUCUCUGAAGCUGUUCAGAGUUCAGGAGUGGUUGACAUAGUCCCUGGGAGAUGGAUCAGUGGGCAGAGUCCAAGUGAGAUGGUCAAAGAUGCAUGAUAAAUGCAGUGUGUCACAUGGAUGUCACCUGCGUGGUAUAUAUAAGGCCCUUUGGGUUUGUUUUUAUUUUAUUUUUAAUUUAUUGGGAUUUUCAUUUUUUAUUAAUGUUAAAAAACAAACAAACAAACAAAAAACAACCUGGAGAAAAUAGGUAGAAACUGAAAUCAAAGGGCAGAGUGGGGGUGGGGGGAAGCCGAGUCUUACCAUGUGGCAGUAGCCUUCCACUCCCUGCAGCGGUCCAGCCCUUUCAGCUUCCAGGACGUAGCUCCCCGCUUGUCUCAUUCUGCCACUGUGCGGAGGAAGCAGAUGGGGCCACGGUGAAGGGCUGAGUUCUGAAGGGGAGCAGAAGGCUGCACCCCUGACUACUGGCCCCUGGUGUAUAGAGCCCCUCCUAACCUGGCUCACCCUUCCACACAGCCCCAUCCGGUUUCCCUGCAAAAAAUUCCUGGGUCCUGAAAAAGCCAAAAUUUGUAAAAUCAGUGAAACCUGAAUAUUGUUUUUUUCAAAACCCAGGAAUUUUGGGGGGAAAUUGGUAAAGACUAAUAAUGAAGGAUCUUUGGUACAUAGCACCAUUUCAGUUUAGGAUCUCUGACAUAUCUGCUCUAUGUUUGUGUGGGGAUUAGGUUGCAAGCUGCUGGGUUAGGGACAUUCUUCUACGUAUGGCGCAGGCCUACUUGGUAACCCUUGCAUAACUUGGUAACCUGUGCUCUUACGUUUCUAUUCUGUAGGCCAGUAUGGUGCAUUCUUUGAUCAAAGCAUAUUCCUUACUCGACCACAUGAGGAUAGUCAAGCCCAAAGUGGCUUCCAUGGAGGAGAUGGCAAGCUUUCACACUGAUGCCUAUCUGCAGCACCUCCAGAAGGUCAGCGAGGAGGGGGACGAUGACCACCCGGAGUCCGUGGAGUAUGGACUGGGUUAUGACUGUCCAGCCACUGAAGGUAUCUUUGACUAUGCAGCAGCUGUAGGAGGGGCCAGCAUCACAGCAGCCCAGUGUCUGAUGGACGGCAAGUGCAAGGUAGCGAUUAACUGGCCUGGAGGGUGGCAUCAUGCAAAGAAAGAUGAAGCUUCUGGCUUUUGCUACCUAAACGACGCCGUCCUGGGCAUCCUGCGGCUGCGUCGGAAAUUCGACCGCAUCCUCUAUAUUGACUUGGACUUGCAUCAUGGGGAUGGUGUGGAAGAUGCCUUUAGUUUCACCUCCAAAGUCAUGACUGUGUCUCUGCAUAAGUUUUCACCAGGAUUUUUCCCAGGAACAGGAGAUGUGUCUGACGUUGGCCUGGGGAAGGGGCGAUAUUACAGUGUCAACGUACCUAUCCAGGAUGGCGUUCAGGAUGAGAAAUAUUACCAGAUCUGCGAGACUGUGUUGAAGGAGGUGUACACGGCAUUCAACCCGGAAGCAGUAGUCCUGCAGCUGGGAGCAGAUACGAUAGCCGGGGACCCCAUGUGUUCAUUUAACAUGACUCCAGUGGGGAUUGGCAAGUGUCUGAAGUACGUUCUCCAGUGGCAGCUGGCUACUCUCAUCCUGGGAGGAGACAGGAGGCUACAACCUUGCCAACACAGCCCGCUGCUGGACAUACUUGACCGGGGUCAUCCUGGGGAGAACGCUACCCUCCGAGAUCCCAGAUCACGAGCGACGACUUUGCUGAUUUCCCUUUCCCUGCAGUUUUUCACAAAGUAUGGUCCUGAUUACGUGCUGGAGAUCACACCGAGCUGCAGGCCAGACCGCAACGAGCCACAUAAAGUCCAAGAAAUCCUCAGCAUCAUCAAAGGGAAUCUGAAGCAUGUGGUUUAGCUGAAAAGGAAAGCUCAUGUUUCCACAACAGCGGAGCGUUUCCUGUGCCGAAGACAGCGUGUUUAUGUGAGCAGCUUGCGGAAUUCGUGGCUGCAGGGGAAAUUUGGAAGAAAUUACUUUUUUUUUUCUUUUUCUUUUUCUUUUUUUUGUUGACAUUUCCAAGCAGCAGUGAGUGGCUGCGGCUCUACGGUGGCUGUGAGCACACAGUGGCCCCAGUGCUGGGGGGUAGGGGAGCUCCCAACUUCCACCCCCUUGUUCCAACAGAUUCCAGCCUAUUUUUUACAAAACUGCUUUUAUUCUUGCAGAUGAUUUUUCUAAUUAUCUUUUUUAAGGGAGGUGGUGGGCGAGGGCCGCUUUGAGCCACAGACUCUCCACAGUCUGGCGCCUGUGUCACUUGUACUGGGCCGCCCUCCUGGUGAGACCACAGGCUGUAGGUGUAGAUGCUGUUACGUGAACUCCAGAGGGGAUGCAUUGAGCGAUAGGCACAGGGCCUGUAAUCCUGGCUGCACCCUUAUCUGGGGAGGAAGCCACAAACGUGUUUUUAAACAAAUAAA